GCCUUUGUGGACACCUUGGACAUUCGGCUGUGCGGUCCGUUUGACCUGCUCGCGGCGACGGACAAGAAGGAGGUCACUACAGACAAGCCCCUGUAUCUGCACGGACGCUUCUUCGCUGACCCCCCAGAGGUGGCGACUGUGAUGGUUGACACGGCAAGUGACACGGGCCGACACUGGGGGUGCUUCAGAGAUUCUCCUGAUGAAGUCCCGGAGUAUGUCGUUCGUGCGGAGAGCGGCAGUGAGUGCAAGUUUGACAUUGUUGGGGGUAGUCUGUUUCAGAUUCUGGAGAGCGCGUUGGGAACGCGUCGGUCCAGUCUCGGCGCUGACAAGGCUGCGGAUUUACGUAAGAAGAUCGAGGCCCAUCGCGGCGAGAAAUCUCGUUCGAGGGCCCAGUCGGAGACGGCGCUUCGGGCUAAGCGAGCGAAGGAGAUGGUGGCACCAUCACUGCACCAGCUGGGCAUUGUGGUCCCGGUGGACACCAAAACGAAUACAGGCUAUCGCGAGCUGCCCACCACCGGACAGGACCUCGCAGACCUGCUGCAUCAACUAGAGCAAGACGCUGACAAGAAGUUGCCGACGCGUAAGAGGUUGAGUGAGCUGAUCACGCGGGCGACGAUUGCCAGCGACGAGUGCGACUUUGGGACCGGCCUGCUGCUUGGCCUCAACGUGUUCACCGCUGGCUCGUGCCUUGAGGUGCAAGGAGGCACUGCAGCUACUUCGCGUCGCGUACAUGCUGCUGCGCCGCGCCAACUUUUACAAAGUUGCGUCCGGCCACUGCAAGCACCGCGACCACGACGACACCAAUGCAAGUAUCAACUCCAUCGUCGACUCCAGCUCCGAAUCAUCGGGUAA